GCAGGGUCACACUAAACAAUUUUUAACACAUAGCUUGACCAGUAACGGGUUUUUCAUAUAAAUAAGACGUGCAUGCGCUGUAUCUAGAAAAAGGUCAUUCUAUAACAGUGUGCUGUUCUUAUCAUUUUAUAACUAUGACACUUUUAACGCUAUUUCCGUCUUCGUGCCUGUAUUGAUUGUACGAUAGAAUCAGAAUGAGCUGCCGACAAAUCUUAAGGAGGCUUACACCGGUCUUUCGCUGUACAUCCACUUUAGUACCAUCAAUUAACAAUAGCAUAAACUGUCUAAACCGCCAUUUUGUGAUAAGACAAAAUUUGGCCAAAAAUCUCACAGGUUCAAGAUACUUUUCUUCAACUGUAGAUCCACAGAUAAUCAACAUACAGGAUGAAGAUGACUUCAUGAAACGUGUAAUUGAAGCCAGUACCAAAUCACCAAUUGUUGUGGACUUUCAUGCACACUGGUGUGGACCAUGCAAGCUUCUGGGGCCACGAUUGGAGUCAAUCAUAGCUGGAGAAAAAGGUCGCGUUACUCUGGCAAAAGUUGACAUUGAUGAAAAUGCAGAACUAGCCAUGAGAUUUAAUGUCCAGUCUGUACCAACAGUAUAUGCAAUCAAGAAUGGUAGCAUCGUCAAAUCAUUCAUUGGUUUGAAGGAUGAUGACGAGAUCGAAAGCUUCGUGAAAGCAUUGUAGACACAAAAAUGCAAUCUUCCAGUCUCUUGUAUGUCUAUAAAGUAUGGUUAUUUGAUGAAAAGUGUACUUGUCUCAUUUAUCUGCAAAAUAUAUGUUGAUUUCAAGGAGUGCAACGGUUGAAUUCUUUACUUUGAAAAGUUGUGAGGAGACCUGCAUUUAUUGUUGAACUGACUGUGUUACAUACAUUGUCACUUUAGUCUGUAGUAGUUGACUGAUAACACUUCUGAUUUUUGGCGCAUAUGCACAUCGUUUGAUGUGUCUGUGCCGACCUGCAUCAUCACUAACAAAAAAGACAUCAGUAAUGUAUAUAAAAAUUCUAAUACCAAACAACCUAUUAACCUUUUAGUACAAAUAACACAAAAAUGAUUUUAUUUUAAUGCUUUUAAUAUAAAUGCAGCACUUCAAUGCAAUAUUGUCCAACAUAUUUGGUUGCUUUGUUAUCACGCUUUCUCUUCAGACAGUUUGAUAUAAGCUGUUCGAGCUUCCACAAAUCUGAAAACUUUGCCUGAAAUAUAAAGACCAUAGCUAAUGAAUGAAACAGCCUGUUGAUCAAAUACAUGAUAUAUGUACAACUGUCAAUAGAUAAUCCAGCUUGUUUUUCAUGUUACUCAGCGCCCUUUAAGCAUGCUCUUUGAAAAAGUAUUCUGAAAAAAAUUAUUUACAUAAAUUCAAGCUGUACAGAUGGCUAGACCAAUAAAAGCAUACUUUUUUGGUGAUA